GGCAGGUUGACGCUGCUGUGCAUGUCACCGAAUAUGGGAAAACAGUCUUCUUCGUAGGAAAGGUUUAUUACAGGUAUGAUGAGCGCAGCAGAAGGAUGGACCAGCCUUCCCAAACUCAUCCAAACAGAUUGGCCUGGAAUCCCGAGAAGGGUUGAUGCUGCCUUCAAGUUAGAUGUGCUGCUUGGCUGUUUAGCCUUGUGUCAUGCAGCACCUACCAUUGCUCCAACAGCUUCACCGGAAGACCAAGACCUAGCAGAGGAAUACCUCUCGAGCUUCUAUGCUGAUGUUGGGGUGACAAACUCAUCACUGCGAAGAAUCAUUAAGAACUCCUUCAGCCAGGAUCUGCAGGCCAUGCAGGCGUUCUUUGGCCUGGAGGUGACCGGUGUCUUGAAUAAUGAGACCACUGAGGUGAUGAAGGCCCCCAGGUGUGGUGUGUCAGACAUCAGCCGAUAUGGACACUUUGCUGGGAGACCUAAAUGGGAGAAAAGGCUGAUUACAUACAGGAUCACUCAGUACACUCCAGAUCUGUCACGGAGUCAGGUGGAUGCAACCAUUGGUCAGGCCUUCCAGCUCUACAGCGACGUCACCCCUCUGAACUUUAAACAGGUCAACAGCGGUACUGCUGACAUCAUGAUCCUCUUCAAGGGUGGAUAUCAUGGUGACUUUUACCCUUUUGAUGGGGCUGGUGGAGUCUUGGCUCAUGCUAACUCUCCUGGACGGGGUCAGGGAGGGGACACACACUUUGAUGAUGAUGAAACCUGGACUCUCACCCAAAGAGGUGUGAAUCUGCUGCUGGUGGCGGCCCAUGAGUUUGGCCACGCUCUGGGCCUGGAUCACUCCAGGGACAGACGUGCACUGAUGUACCCCACUUAUCAAUAUGUAAACACAAACGGAUACAAACUGCCAGACGAUGACAGGCGUGGGGUUCAAGCCCUUUAUGGCAGCCGUACACCAGUGCCCACAACAGCACCAACCUCUAACCCAGACCCCGAAGAGCCAGAGGAACCAACAGAGGACCCCGUGACCAACCCCCGAGAUGAGCAGUGUAGCCGGGAUCUAGUGUUUGACGCUGCUACCGCCAUUAGGAGAGAACUGUACUUCUUCAAAAAUGGAUACUAUUGGAGGAAGAAUGCCAGAGGAAUCCGUUUAACUAAAGUUAGCACAAAAUGGUCAGGAAUCAACCAGGUCGAUGCUGCUUUUGAAGUCCCAAGAGAGGGUGUGGCAUAUCUAUUUGAAGGUCGUCAAUACUGGGGCAUAAGGUCUUAUGCAAAGACAAUCCUUCCAGGUUAUCCAAGGCCCCUCGUCAACCUCGGCCUCCCCUCUACAGUCAGUAAAGUGGAUGCAGCCGUCUAUGUUUCAAGUACUCGAAAAACCCUCUUUUUUGUAGGCAACCAGUAUUGGAGCUAUAAUGAGGCAAGAAACCGAAUGGACCCCGGAUACCCACGAUUCAUCACUCAGGAUUUCCCAGGCAUUGGCUCCAAAGUAGAUGCAGCCUUUGAAAAUUAUGGAUAUCUAUAUUUCUCAGAUGGCCCCAGACAGACUGAGUACUACCUGCCGUACAGGAGAGUGAUACGUGUUCUGCUCAACUAUGGCUGGCUCAACUGUUAUUGAGAACCCACAGGCAACAUCUCAGCUGUCUAUAUCCAAGAUGUGAUGAAAGUUAACAUUUCAUAGGAAAACAUUUCACAAGAAUAAAAGUAUUAUAUAUUUGUAUGAUGUGGAGAGCAGUUCUCAGAAACUUUCUAACUAUUGCUUGGCUGUUGAUGGAUGGCAAGUACCAGGAUCAAACUGAAGGAAAGGUCACUGAGUUAUUAUCAUUCUAUCAUGUCUGUGGAUAAUCUGUGACUUGCUU